AUGAGAGCUGCGCUGCAACUAACUCUGCUUACUGUGCUCUGCUUAGAAUUUUCACGAGGUUUCGUAUUCCAGCCUUCAGCCCGGCAAGCGAUGGCUGUAUGUUGUCGAUCGCAAUCGGCUAGUGGAACCAUUGUCCUCAGAGAUGCAGGUGACGCCGAAGACCACGAAAUUGAUGAAGAAGACUUCGACGAGUCUCCAUUUACGGAGCCAAAAAAACCCCUGGACCAAAUGGAGAAGGCUUGGCGGCAUGCGCAAAAGCCUCUCUUGAGAAUUGGAUCCAAAGGAGCGACGCUGACUCACGGAAACUCGCUGCGCCAGCUUUUGGACGCACACACCGUUGUCCGGGUCAAGGUCAAUACGCGUCGCUUCGGAACACUGAAGGAGGCAUUCAAACAGAUAGCAGAACUAGCCAUCGAAAGUGGGGCCCCAGAAGGGAUUGAAAUGCUUCAGGCUCGCGAAGUAGACAAGGUGAUUUUGUUUGGUUUACCAGGAACGCUCGACAAAAUAAACAAGAAUGAAUUCCCGCCACCGGAGCCUGUGGUACAAGACGAUAUCGUCCGACCUUGAUACUAGAAAAAUCAUCUCGAAGUGGCAUUUGAAAAAUCUCGCUUACCACACU